AUGAUUUUUGUUUUCUACCGGGGAAACGGAACAGACAUCACAGAAAUUAUCUUACCCAAAUCCCUCUCUGCCUCUCCUCCGUUAUCACCUAACCCUAAGCUGAGUUUCCCUGUCUUUCCGUUUUCAAUGGGACAACAAGACUCAGGAUCGUGUCUCACCGAAGAAGAGGAUACUAAAUUCAGCGAUUCCCUUGAAGAAUUCCCCCUCUUAGAGGCUUCCAACUCUAUUGAGUUUGAAUACUUAGUCCCCCAAUCCAACUCUUCAUCAGUUUCUGAGAUCGAUGACAACUACUGGGACUCAAUUUCAAACCUAUCAAAGCACACGCCGGAGUCGCAAUCAUUCCCUUCCUAUACAGGUGUCCGACGCCGUCGACACAUUCCCCGACAAAGUUCGAAAGAACAUCCAUUGUCUCCUUUUAAAAAUAGUGCCGAUGGUUUAGUAGAUUUGGAUGUUCAUGAAUCUAUUAUUUCUCCGGGAAAGAAGCACAAGUUGUUAUGGAAUUUGAAGGAUACUGAGAAAUUGAAUGGCAAACUGAAUCUUACUAAAGUCCGUGCUAACUCAGACAGCGUUGGGAAGCGAUUUGCCGAUGCAACAAGUGUGAAUUCCUCAAAUUCUAGCGUAAUCACCACUGUUACUGCUGAUGAAAAUGUCAGUGAUGAAUCUGUUAUGGUGGAUUCACCGAAUUCUGGUUCGAAUUUGCUUUUCACCUUAGCAGGAUUAACACUCAGAGCUAUUUCAUUUCAAGUAACUUUGUUAGUUGGCUUUGUCACAUUUCCCAUAUGGUUACUGCAUUCAUCUUACCUUUUUCUUAUCGAUCCUUUCGCCAUUGUGAAGACUGCAAAAGGAAAAAAAUCAACAUGGAAGUUAUGUCUGCAAAUAGGAUGGGGAUUGUUGUGGUCAGCUUUCAUUGGUUUCAUUUUGAUUGGUUUAGUAGUUUUCUCGCUUGUUAUUAGUGGCACAAUAAUGAAAUUCAUCACGGAAGUGCCUUUUCAUAAAGUCGAGCAAUUGAAUUUUGAUUAUACUCAAGAUACUCCCAUGGCUUUUGUGCCAAUAAUGUCUUCUCAACAGCCAUUUUGUUCGGGUUGUGAUGAAAAUAUAAAAUUUGGGGAUGUUGCUCAAUCACGGAUUAUACCUCAUGAUCACAAACUACAGGCUACUGUCUCUUUAACCUUGCCAGAAUCAUACUACAACAGAAAUCUUGGGAUCUUCCAGGUACGGGUAGACUUCCUCUCUGAAAGCGGAAAAUUCCUUGCAACCACAACACAACUAUGCAUGCUACAUUUCAAAAGCCCUCCUAUUCGCCUUCUAACGACGUUUCUUAAACUCGCACCUUUAAUCACCGGCUACUCAUCGGAAUCCCAAACCGUAGAAAUCAAAUUUAGAGAAUACACAGAACGGAAAAUCCCAACUUCCGGUGUGAGGGUGGUGCUGGAACCACGGGCACAAUUUGCAAAGGGCGGCGUAUUGUGGUGUUUACAACGGUGUCUUUUUUCGCUUUCCUGUGUUGCUCACCGGUGUUUCUUCCACGCCUACGGCCGCCAGGUCAGAGGGUGGUGCCGCUGCCGCCGGCUGAUCAUGCUUCCCGCCGGGGUUCAAAGUAGCUGUUUGGAUCCAUAUCAUUACUUCCUGAAACACGACAACGAAGAAGAUGGAGAAGAAACUACUGUGGAUAAAACCCAAAAAGGUUGA